AUGCCUGUGCUGAUCAAGGAGUGGAAUUCAGAAUUCAAUUUGAAGAAUGACCUUCUUCGGACUCUUCCUAUAUGGAUCAAAUUGCCUAUGCUUCCUCUCCAAUUAUGGGGUGCAUCCAGCCUGAACAAGAUAGGUAGUGCAUUGGGAAAUCCCUUGGUGACAGAUGAAUGUACCACUCACAAAUUGAGAGUUUCUUAUGCUCGAAUCUUGGUGGAGAUGGAUAUUACAAAGAAGCUACCAGAGGAGAUAACAAUCAAAGAUAAUAGUGGUCAAAAAAGGAAACAAGCGGUUGAAUAUGAAUGGCUCCCAAAGUAUUGUGAAAAAUGCCAACAAGUGGGACAUAAUUGUGGAGAGAAGCCUAAGAUAAAACAGUGGGUGCCAAAACCUAAAAAGCCUGAGUUACCUAAAACAGUUGAAGAGGAAAAGAAAGCUGAAGAGGAAAAGAAAGCUGAAGAUGGUAAAUAUGCAGAGGUAGUCUCAACACCUAAGCAUAAUGGAGGUGGAGAGGCUGAUGCUGGCAAUGACUGGACAAAAGUUCACAAGGCAGGAAGAGAUACAGGUAAGAAUCACCUUUUCCCUGACUCUGUUCAUCAAAUAGAUUGUCUAAAUGGAUUUGAAGCAGUAGGGCACCAUCAUAAUGGUAGAAUCUGGAUCCAGUGGGAUGAUUCUAAAGUGGAUAUUGGGCCUGUUAGGAGUUCUAGUCAAUACAUCCACUGUGGAGUGUAUGAUAGAAGGGGGAACUUGAAAUUUUGGAUGACUGCCAUAUAUGCUCUGAAUGAGUUGGAUAAGAGGAAAAAGCUCUGGAAAGACUUGAAGGAUAUACAAAAACACUAUGUGGGACCUUGGUGUGCUAUAGGUGAUUAUAAUAAUGUUGCAAAUGCAAAUGAUAGAGUUGGAGGAAAGAUGAUUGUGGAAGCUGAGUAUGCAGACUUUAAUGAUAUGCUAACUUCUACAGGGAUGUGUGAGAUGGAGAGCAAAGGUGAUUUCUUCACAUGGUCUAACAAGCAGGCUGAGAAUCCUAUCUAUUCUAUGAUAGACAGGUUAAUUUCUAAUACUGAAUGGUUUCAGGAGAAUACAGACCUUGUGCUUAAUGUCCUACCACCCCAUAUUUCAGGUCAUGCAAUGUUGUAUCUGAGUAAACCUGAUAUAGCAAGACAGAAAAAGAGAUUCAGGUUCAAUAAUAGCUGGAUAGAUAUUGAGGGGUUCCAGGAUUGUGUGAAGCAAAGCUGGACUAAACCUAAGAGGGGGAGGCCCAUGGAAAUUCUUUAG